UUUUCCAGUACACAUAAAGUGUACUUUUGUCACGGCAUCCGUACUUAAUCAUUUCUUUGCUAGCAAAUAAAUAUCAAUGAAUACGACUACCGCUAUAAUAAAGGAAUACAACAAAAUUUAAAUAGGAGUGUACGGUCAAGAAGCCAAAUCUUUAUUUUAAAAAACAGUGCAGAAAACACACCAGUUUACAUUAUGUCAUCAAAAAAUGUAACUAAAAACGUUUCGCUUUGCAAGAGGCACAGAAGGAGGGCGUCGCGGAGCCCGGGAGGCGCCCCGAAAGGGCGCAGCACAGCCUGCUUUCCGAUUGGCUGCAGGGACGGGGGAAGCGGAGGUGGGUCUCUGACGUACGACUUUGGGGAGUCUCCAAGUUCAGCAAAACUUUUUAAAUGAGAAAGUUAGUCGGUGUGAUUGUGGUCAGUAGGUUUAUACAGGGUAUUUCAAAAACCAACCUUUUACCCACUUUGUGCUCCUAAGUCGUUUUUUUGGGAAUCGAUUCGAGAUCAGUUACAGUCAAUUUUACGGCUUCCAAACAGAAGUUCGGGAUUUUAAGCACAGCGUGUUGGUUUAGGCAUUCUUUGCCGAGACUUAUUAAUAAAUGGUGAAUUGAACCCAGCAAAAUGAAGAUCGAGUUUGCUCCGCUGAAUAUUCCCUUGGAAAGACGCCUUCAGACGGCGGCUGUCGUUCAGUGGGUUUUCUCCUUCCUUGCUCUGGCCCAGUGCUGUUUGGCUCUCUUCCUACUGCUGUGCCUCAGCCAGUGGUGGGUUCUCGCAGUGCUCUACGCUGGCUGGCUCUACCUGGACCGGGACACGCCCAUCAGGGGCGGGCGCCGCUCCCGCUGGGUCCGCAGCUGGGCGAUGUGGACCUACUUCAAGGACUAUUUCCCCAUCUCGCUGAUCAAGACCGUGGAUCUCGAUCCCAAACGCAACUACCUGUUUGGCUUCCAUCCCCAUGGCGUCUUGGUUGCUGGGGGGUUCGGGAACUUCUGCACGGAGGCCUCUGGGUUUGCUACCCUCUUUCCAGGCCUGACCCCAUACUUGCUGCUGCUGCCUUUUUGGUUCCGGGUUCCAUUCUUCAGGGAUUACAUCAUGUCCGGCGGUCUAGUGUCCAGUGAGAAGAGCAGCGCAAGCUACAUCCUAAGCCAACCUGAGGGUGGUCAUGUGGCAGUGGUGGCUAUAGGGGGCGCUCCAGAGUCGCUGGAUGCACGGCCAGGGGCCCUGAAGCUGCAAGUGCUCAACAGGAAAGGUUUCGUCAAGCUGGCUCUCAAACAUGGGGCCCAGUUGGUGCCUGUAUUCUCAUUCGGGGAGAAUGAGCUGUUUGAUCAGAUGGAGAACCCAGUGGGCUCGCCGCUGCGGUGCCUCCAGGAGCGAAUGCAGAAGGUGAUGGGCGUGGCCCUGCCUCUCUUCCACGCCCGGGGCGUCUUCCAGUACAGCUUUGGUCUGCUGCCCUAUAGGAAGCCCAUCCAUACAGUUGUCGGCCGACCCAUCCAAGUUGUCCAGAACCCCUGCCCAAGUCGAGAGGACAUUGAUGCUCUCCAUAAGACUUACCUAGAUGAACUCACCCAGCUCUUCGAGGAGAACAAGGCGAACUACGGCAUCUCGGAGGACAAGCACCUCACCUUCAUCUAAUGUUUGGCUUUCAUAAGUCUCUCGGCAUCUAUCUCUUCGGUCUCCAGCCUCUGUCAUUUUAAUUAUCAUUAUCCUGUUACGUGAAGAAUAUAGGAAAAUAACAUGGGGAAGAUUACAGCCAAUGUCUGUCUGAAUGGAGGAGAAACUGUUUCCAUUACAGAGGAAUGAAACACUACGUAAAAUAUGAUACCAACCAAAUCCUAGGCAGCUGUGAAUCUUUUAGGAUAAUGCCUAUUGAAUCAGAAGGUCGUUCUGUGUUGUCUGUCUCAGGAAUGAGGUGAAUGUUGAUGUUCUUUAACAUUUGCAAUUUUCCAUAGUAUUGUUGCCCCUGUUAUUGCCUGUUGCAUUGAAGGGUACUUAAAUUAAAGUAACUGAACACUGGUGCCCCUUGUGUGUUGGUUAGCUACUUUCAGCUGGGCUGAAACAUGUUUAAUGGAGCCGACAACCAAGGUAGAGUAACAGUCUUGUCUACAACCAAAUCAGAGGUACAGCAUUUCAUGAGGGUGAAAGUAGGAGCAUGAGACCUCACCAGGAAUCAAGGGAGGUCAUUGCACACCUUAGAGGAGUGUUAGAUCUUUCUGCUAACCCAAGUUCUCGCCCUUUGUACUUCUCCACAUCCUCUAUCUGCACCACUCUGGACUCGUUCCUUCUUGGCCUUUGGGUAUUUGCGUGGACGUCUAAAUGAUAUUCUGCUUGUGUUGCGAGCAGCGUAGGCUUUCCUGUAAACGGGGAAGUUUGCUGGAUUUCAUGGGAUAAUUCAUAAUGGGGAAAUGUGCAGGAAGGGGGUCAUGACCACAUUAGGCAGGUCUGCUCUGUGACAUUUCACUAUGACUAAGGUCAAUGUCUUGGAGCAGAUGGUCAAUCAAGAUUGUGAUGAUGACAAGGAUUCAGGUCCUGAUGGGAGGAUGAGGGCUUUGGUAUCUCGCCUGUGAGCAUGGUACUCUACCGGAGUUAAAAUCAGUUAUAUGUAUUUUUUUAAUCUUUUAAGAAGGAACUAAACUAACAGUCCAGAUAUCCUAUUUCAUAUAAUCAAUUUUAAGUAAUGGGUGACCGACCUUUUUUAAUUUUUUAUAUGGGUAUUCUGACCUGUAGCAGUAAAUUAUUUAGAAAUCUCAAAUGUCUUUUGGUCAUAAGUGGAUCACGGUAGGAGGCAAAUACACAGGGUGACCCUGUAUGUUAUGGGUGUCAUUGUUUGAUGAGUGAUUGGGAAGAGCUGAGCGCCAUCAAGUGGCAGAAAUUUCUCUUGCCUGACAGCCGCCAGCUCAUUACUUACUGACUGUCAAUAUAGUCCAUCGCUGCAUUUUUUUGCUGGAUUGAUUGUUCUGCAAACACAGCACAAAGAUUAAACUUUGCUGCAUUGUAAUACUGGUACAAAUAAUGUGAGUCCCAUGUGUGUGUUAUGACUUUUUACAAUUUGUCAUUGUUCAUGUGCGUAUUGUUGUUCUGCAUUAAAGAUAUUGUUCGAUUGUUGCACUUUGUGCAUA